CCUCAGGCCCGCCUCCGACGGGUCUGCGCCUGCGCACACGCAGCGGGCUCCGCCUCUUGCACGGCGUCUGCGCACCGGGGCAACUGCGCAUGUGUCAGUGGUCAUAGACAGUUUGUGAAAUGAGUGAUUCAGAAGAUGAUGAUAUACCCCAGCUCUCUUCCCACGCCUUAGCAGCUCUCCAGGAAUUUUAUGCUGAGCAGAAGCAAUCCCUCAACCCAGGGGGGGAUGAUAAAUAUAAUGUUGGGGUAAUAGAGGAGAACUGGCAGCUGAGCCAGUUCUGGUACAGUCAGGACACUGCUUUGCGGCUUGCACAGGAAGCGAUCGCUGCUGCUGGAGAAGGUGGCAGAAUCGCAUGUGUGAGUGCACCCAGUGUGUAUCAGAAGCUCCGGGAGCUGCAUGGGGGAGACAUCUCUGUAUACAUCUUUGAGUAUGACAAAAGAUUCGCCAUAUAUGGGGAGGAAUUUGUCUUCUAUGACUACAACAGUCCACUGGACUUACCCGGGAGAGUCGCCGAGCACAGCUUUGACAUCGUGGUUGCCGAUCCCCCUUACCUGUCUGAGGAAUGUCUCAGGAAGACAUCCCAAACAAUCCGGUUCCUGACUCGGGGCAAGGUUCUGCUGUGCACAGGAGCCAUCAUGGAAGAGCAGGCUGCUCAGCUUCUCGGUGUGAAGAUGUGUAAGUUUAUUCCAGAGCACUCCCGAAACCUGGCCAACGACUUCCGCUGUUACACGAACUACGAUUCUGGUCUGGACUAUGAAACCUAAAUUCACAUGGCAACAUGUGACAAUAAAGGACUCGGAGGAACACAUCCCCUUCCCGGUUUACUCUCUUUCUGUUGACAUGUGACCUCCCCCACUCUGCCCUGGACUGGGACUCUCCUGGCUUAAUUUUCAAACUAAAAUGUCUUACUGCUAUUUCGGUAAUGAAGUUGGGAUUCUUACACGAACCAGGUCCGUGGACUUGAGUAGAGAGAAAUGUUAGAAGCUGUCUAAUUGUUCAGCACCUGUGAAAACAGAACAGGCCUCCUGCAUGGCACAGGACCUUGGCCUCUGCUAGAAGUUUCCAUAACAUGGGCAGCUUUUGCCUGCCCAGUGGACUAGGAGUGCUCUGGAAGCUUCUUAGAGACCUGACCUGCCUCCACAGAGCAGGUUGAUGAUCCAAGCAACCAGUGUUCCAGCUCCUCCCGGGUUCAACCUCCCUCUCAGCUCUGAGAGUCCUGAUGGUACUGGGAUGUUCUGUCCUUUUCUGCGGCAGUAGUUUCACAGAUCUGCUGUGAUCACAUUACAUGGUGCACGUGAAUCUGGCUGACUCCAAAUGGCAUCCAGGGACAGUCAUUGCCAUUUUCCCGGCUGUGACAUCACACUACAGUUACCCAACAUGCUGCUUUCAGGGUGUUGGGUCUCAGACCCUCCGUCUGUCUAGAAUGAGCCCCAGCUGGACUACAGGAGGAUUUCUGGUGGGCAGAUAAAAGCCAGCCACCUGGGGGACUUGUGAAAGUGGCUUUCCAUCCCCCAAAGGAGCCCUUGUCCCAGCUACUUGUCCUUCUAACCCACAUGACCUGUCCCCCUGUCCCCGUGUCCGUCUGUCCGUCCCCCCACACCCACUGUCUGACUGCUCACACUGCGCUCUGGUCUCUGCUCUCCAGUUCUCUCACACUGCUCUGUCUCUUGCUAUCUCCACUGUUCUCUUCCACUUCCACAGCCCUGGCCAUGUCCAGUCUGCUCUCCUUUCUCUAUGCCUCUGGAUAGUCUCUCUCUUACCCACAGUAAAAACCUUUCCCCUAAUGGAGCGGUCAUGUUGGCAGUUUCUGUACCACACCCCUCAUCCCUCACCGGAGACAAGUCAAGAGUAAGUACAUAAGGUCCCUCUGGUGGUUUGGUAACUUUUGAGACCUACGAUCAUGUCAAAAUUCAAAAUUUAAAAAAAAAAUCCACCUGUCUCUCUGGGACAGGAUAACUUGCUUUGACCAAAAGAAUGUCAUUUGGCCAACAUGUCGCUUGUUCUGUCCCCCACCCUCACACUGACCAGCGUUCUCCAGGUGGAAGUUGCUCUAGCAGCUACCCCUUGACUUGGACAGUACCUCAGCUGACCUUCAGAGGAGGAGAGAUGAGCCCGGGGGUUGGACAUCUGUGUGGGCUAGUUCAUGCCGUCAUGAGACAAGCUGUCGUCAUCAGAGAGGAGGGAGCCUCCAUUGAGGAAACGCCUCCAGAAGACCAGGCUGCAGGCAAGCUGUUCCUGCCCUGUUUGAGUUCCUGUCCUGACUUCCUUCGGUGAUGAACAUCGAUGGGAAAUGUGAGCCAGAUCAACCCUUUCCUCCCAAGUUGCCUUUAGUUCUGGUGUUUGGUCUCGGCAACAGGAACCCUGAGACAGCACCAGAGGAGAUGGACUUGCUACCACAGGCAAAUCCAGCCUGUCCUGGCCGACCCAGAGGCAGAGGCCAGGGACAGGAGUCCGUGCUCAAAGACCAGGAGGUCCUUAGACCUUGGCUGUCACAUUCCCAGAUGGCGUCACUCUAAGAAGUGCUGCUUUUCUGAGACACCUGGCACGUGCUGUUACGUUGUUUAAAAUGUUCUUUAAACAAUAGCCCCAUCUUAUUGUUUCCCUACGAAUCAAUUUGCCACAAAUUCCUUAGGCCAGAAACAAACAUGAAGUGAUACUUUAUAUGUAGAAAUGGAAUGUUCCGUUUAGGAACUGUGGACAGCUAACAGUGUAGAAAUCCGAAACCGAGCUGUCCUGUCAGCUGCAACUAUUCUAGGAAAGAGACCGGGCACAACCUAACCCAUCAGAAGCGUCAUGAAGAUUGGUUUUUUCCCCUUUGGUGCUGGAGAUCGAAGCCAGGGCCCCAUGCAUGCGAGGCAAGUACUCUACCAGCUGAGCUGCAUCCCCAGGCCUGUGACAGGCUCGUUUAAGAAGCAGCCAGCAUGCUGCCUGGCUUUGGGACCCUCGAUGUUGCUACAGUGGUGGUAAACCUGUGUUCAUACGUGACCGUUCUUGGAACCUCAGAAAGCCCUGCAGCUGUUUCUGCAGCUCUCAGAACACUCGUUGGGUGCAUUCCUGUCCAACCAGACAGAGGUGCUUGGGCUAAAUUCAAGCAGGCUGGCCCAGGAGGCAUCUCUCUCCUCCCCCUCUGCCCUCAUCACAACAGUAGACAGACCAAGCAUGGUGGAUGCUCAGAGCAAUAGACCUUCACAAUUUAUAGAUGAUUUGAACUCAAAGUGUCCCCCACAGGCUCAUGAACACUUGGUCCCCAGCUGGUGGCGCUGUUUGGGAGGGUGUGGAUCCUGCAUCCUAGCUAGCGUCAGUGAGUCAGUCACUGGGCGUGAGCCGUGAAAGGGAUGGCUACAUAGAGCUCUCUCAUCCUGUCUGUCAGGGGAUGUGACCUGCUGCCUGUGAGCUCUCCUGGCUGUGAUGGCCUGUACCCUUUGCUGUAUGAGCCACACUAAGUGUCACAUGGAUGAGGAAAGUAAUACCCUGGCCAAAGGACUUCAGACGUUGUUCAGAACCUUUACUACUCAUCCUUGGGAGCCCUUUCUAGUAGGAAGAUCUGCGCCCACUGUGACCAACCCUAGCAGGGAGGGAGACCCCGGCCUUUGCGGUUUUGCUCACAGAAUCUAAAAUGUUCCUUGUGGGAUGCCGACUGGGUGUUGAAGGGAUGAUGAGCCCACUGCAGGAGCAAAUGAGAGACACAGGGACGUUAAACAAGUUCUUUGUUCUAUCCCUUCACUUCUAAAGUCAGACCCGGAGCCAGUCGCUAAGACACAACA